CACCGCUCCUUUCUUCGUCAGCUUCGGCCCACCGCGCGCGCACAUCCGCAGCAGCGGCUGCUCCGCCCCUGCCGCUGCUUCGCUGCUGCUGCAGGUGCCCUACCGAGUACCGACGCCGCUACUCGGCUAUAUUGCUACUGCCCCGCCACCCCGCGCAGCGUCGUCGGCAGCCGCGCUGAUCUCCAUGCGCCACCGCCGCCCCGCGCGAUGCCGUCGGCCACGGCGCUGCCCUCCAGGCGAGGCGAGGUAGGUGGCAUGGUAGGGAGUUGGGAAAGCAUCUUGGGGUGUGGUUUCCGCAAAUUUCAUGGGCAAUUUGUUUUUUUUUUGAAAUGAUUUUAUGGGCACUCUGGUACUAGCGCUUGCGGGGAUGGGCAGGAGCCAGGAAUUUCAUGUUCAAUUUUGGGCUCCGGCCGGCCGUCAAGCUGAAAAGCAAAGCCCGUUAGUUAAAGCAGUUAACGGCCAUACCUACCCACGAAAUCUGACGCUGGCGUGUACCUGUCCAUUUCCGACAACGCGAACUCGUAGUACCGUCCAACUAUGGGCAAAGACCAAAGAAUGCCCGGGGAAGCCGGCGAGCUGGGGGAGCCUGGCGGCAGCUUGGAACCGGUCGUCCUCCUCCUCCCACCCCUCCCUCCCCGUCGCUCCCGACCUCCUCCUCCUCCUAAUUUAACCCCACCCGGCCUCCCCGGCUCGCCCCGACCCCGUCCCCCCUUAACCUCACCUUCCUCCUCCUCCUGCGGUCCCCACUCCCAGGAGGCAGGCAGGCUGGUUCGAGGGGGGAUCGGCUCCGCGUCAUCCCGCUUCAUCCUGGUUGCUUCUUGGGUCAAUCUUGGAAGGCCAAUCGGUUGUUGGGGGUCCUUGCUGAACGCACGCCAAGGUGUUGCUAUCAUUCGUUCCAAGCGUCUUCGUUGGAUUUGACCUCUUGGCCUUUGUGGCGUGCUGCCGUUGAUUGAGCUCGAAGAUGCUGAAGUGGGGGCUCAGCAGCGGCACGCCCGCGGAUUCCUACUACGAGGUCCGGUCGGAUUGCACGGACGAUGUGCCCAAGAGCAAGUUCAAGAUCAAGGCUGGCAAAACGUUAAGUGCCCGGAAAUGGCAGGCUGCAUUUAGUGCCGAUGGCUGUCUUGAUAUUGCCUCAGUCCUAAGACGGAUACAAACAGGAGGUGUGCAUCCAACAGUCAGGGGGGAGGUUUGGGAAUUCUUACUUGGCUGUUUCGAUCCCAGAAGUACCUUCGAUGAGAGGGAAGAGAUCAGGCAAAUACGCAGGUUACAGUAUGCCAGAUGGAAGGAAGACUGUCGAGAGAUGGAUUCUCAUGUUGGUAGUGGUAAAAUUAUCACAGCACCACUUAUCACCGAGGAUGGCAGAGCUAUUAAGGAUCCUCUGGUUUUACUUGAGGCUACUUCUGACAAGAACACUUCAGAAGGUACUCCGGCUACCAGAAGAAAUGAAAUUGAAGUAGAUGAAUCCGCAGAACGCAUUACAGAUAAGCAAAUUAUUGAGUGGAAGCUGACACUACAUCAAAUUGGGCUUGAUGUGCUACGCACUGAUCGCACCAUGGUGUUCUAUGAGAACAAAGAAAACCUUUCCAAGUUGUGGGAUAUUCUAGCCGUGUAUGCAUGGAUUGACAAAGAUGUUGGUUACUGUCAAGGAAUGAGUGAUUUAUGCUCACCAAUGAUAGUGCUACUCAAGGAUGAAGCAGAUGCAUUUUGGUGCUUUGAGAAAUUGAUGCGUAGAUUGCGAGGAAAUUUCAAAUGCACAGAUCAAUCUGUGGGAGUUGCCAACCAACUUCAACACCUUGCGUCUAUUAUUCAGGUUCUUGACCCAAAGCUACAUGACCAUUUAGAAACUCUCGGUGGAGGUGACUACCUUUUUGCGUUCCGUAUGUUCAUGGUACUAUUUCGGCGUGAAGUAUCAUUUGGAGACUCCUUAUACCUCUGGGAGAUGAUGUGGGCUCUGGAAUACGACCCAGAUAUAUUCUUCGCAGCAUGUGAAGAAGCAGGCGCAGUACAUAAAAAUAAAGUUUCUAAAUCCAAACUGAGAGGACUGCGCCAUUUUGGCAAGUGGGAUAAGGAUAAAGAUAAGGAAAAUACAAAGAAUGGGUCUGAUGAUGGUGAAGAUGGUCCUGUUCCAAUUUCAGUUUUCAUGGUUGCAAGUGUUCUGAAGGAAAAGAGAGAAAAGCUGUUACAAGAAGCUAGAGGACUGGAUGAUCUUAUCAGGAUAUUGAAUGAUGUAAAUGGGAAUUUAGAUGCCAAGAAAGCCUGCGCAGGAGCAUUGACACUUCACAAGAAAUAUUUGAAAAAGGUCCAAGCAAAGAAACCUUAAAGGUGCCAUGGAACAUACCUCCCCAAUGGGUUAUUCUAACCAUUUGAAAGUACACGACCAUUUUCUACACACAAUUUUGAGUGAAGGUUAACAGGACACAGAUGGUAAUCAUCUGAACAUGUCCUCAUAUACACUGACCCUGAUGUUACCAGGCUAGUGGGUUGAGUACAGGAUGAGUGCAACCGGUUGUAUGUAUCUCACGUUCGUUGUACUCCAGAAUUUUGUUGGCUGUACAGACAGAAGGCGGUGCGGGUAGCAUGCCUUGCCUACAUAAUUAUUUCAAUACAAGUUGAAAUGAGCAACACCUUGCGGCAGAACUAUGUUUCAAGAAA